CGGCAUUCAUGUGUCAGCUGUGGGCGGAUCUAUCGGACUUCCCUGUGCUGUCGCUUUCGAUUGUAGCGUAAUUAGCAGCUGUACGUGCGCAGCGGUUUACUUCGACCUGUCUGAGGGACUGACAGUGAUCCAGCGGCGCACUGAAAACCAGCUCCAGUCCCUGCAGAUCACAUCAUGAGUGUCAGCUCAAGACGGAGCAGCGGGGAAGACCUCGACGAGCUGGAGUCAGUCAGCUGGUAUCAUUAUGAUUUGUCUCGGCAUGCAGCUGAAGCUCUUCUCCUUUCGAAUGGGGUGGAUGGGAGUUUUUUACUCAGAAACAGCAACAAAGGACCUGACUGCUUUGCUUUGUCUGUUCGAGCAAAGGAUUCAGUGAAACACUUUCAUGUCCGGAGGCAGUUUGGCAAAUAUUCCUUUGGUUUCAAUGAAUUUCCUUCCCUUCAGGAUUUUUGCAGUCACCUUGCCAAUCAGCCGCUGCUAGGCAGUGACACAGGAAACCUGAUAGUGCUACGAUUUCCAUACCCACGGCAGGUGGAAGAACCGUCCAUUUAUGAGACUGUGUGUGUGCAUACGGCCAUGCAGACAGGUCGACAUGAAAACGACCUAGUGCCUAAUGCUCCAUCACUUGGCACUAAAGAAGGUUAUCUGGUUAAACAAGGAGCUAUCAUCAAGAACUGGAAGCAGAGAUGGUUCACACUGAAUAGAAAUGAACUUAAAUAUUUUAAAGAUAAGAUGUUUGUAGAGCCAAUACGAACCCUGGAUCUGACGGAGUGCUCUGCUGUUCAGUUUGAUUACAGUCAGGAGAGGGUUAACUGCUUCUGUCUGGUGUUCCCCGAGAGGACGUUUUAUUUGUGUGCAAAAUCUGGUGCUGAGGCAGAUGAAUGGAUUAAAAUACUUCGAUGGAAACUGUCACAGAUAAAGAAAGGACGAUGAUGUUCAACAUGGAGAGAAGUAGUAGCGGAGCAAUGCGAGCUGUAUACAUUUAAAUACUAGUAUAUACAGAGGAUACAUCAACUGCGUCUGAUGCUCUGUGAUCUUGGCAUCACGGUUGUACAACUGAUCACACCUAAAAUAUCUUUUGGUCAAUGAAUAAGUUUUUACAUAGAAGAAAAGCACAGUUCCAAGGCACCAUGCUAUUGUGCUUUAUAAAGCUAUCUGAAGACGGUGCACUACCAGUAUUGAGAUUAUAAUUGACAAGUUUUUUUUUUUUUUUCUCCAUAUUGUGUUCUGUGUUGAGUUUCAGUUCUCCUCGUUCUUCUCCAGCCCCAAGUUAAACAGUGUGUCUGCUUUCAAACAUAUGUACAUUUCCCCUUAUAUACAUGUUUGCAAUUUUGUUUGUCAAAUCCUUUGGAUGCAAUAAGCUUUUUCCAGAAUAGAGAGCUGCUGUAAUUACAUAUUUUUGUAGGCCAACUUGGAAACUAGAAUCAACCUUGACAAAAACCCAACAGGAAUUUUCCAUUAGCUUUUGGAUUUGUUCAUCAUGAUAAGCUUAAUAAAUAAACACAAUGUAUCAAUUUUAAAGCUUAAAUAUAGUCACUGAAAUUAAAAAUCCAAAUGUAGGCUAUAAGCAAACAACACCAGUUAAGAGUUAUUAGAAUAUCUCACAGGAGUGGGAUUAUAUACACACUACAUGACGAGGUGAUGUGAAUGCAGACUAGUGAUUAGAUGAGUCUCCUUGUUUGGCUUAAUAACGUUUUCAACCUUUGUAGACCAAAAUGUGAAGAAAAAAAAAAUAACCCCAAACCUUAUUUCAGACUUGAGCUCACGCUCAAAAAUCUUCAGGAUGAUGGAACUGAAAGUGAUAAAAUGCCAACUUGCUACUGGGUUUAAAACUACAAAAAUACUUAAUACCUGCAGCACUCAAUAGACCACCAAAGUAUAAUUAUAAUAAAAUGAUGAGUUCUCUAAGUAGCAGUUCUUCUCUAUUGUGCUGUUAACUAAAAAUGAGCAUGUACAUAAUACCUGUUUUCAAACCAAGAUUGUAAAAAUGUUUUAAUAAAGCCAAUAAAUAAAAUCUAUUUUUGUAAA